UUAAAGACAAAUAUUUGGAGCGGGGUGGGGGUAAGAGAAGAGAAGAAGGGGACCAGUGAGAAAGUUUAAGGGGCGGAUGGGUCUCAUAGAUGUCAAGUGCCUCAUCUUCAUCACAGGUUUCCUAUUAUCUGGAACCUUAUCCAAAGAACAAGAAGAUUCCAAAAGCACUUUGACUAAUUCUGCCAGAACAUUGACAGGAUUAACAAAUACAGCAGCUGGUAUAUUUAGGGAGGGAAAUUCUAGGUUGCCCACAAGCAAACUCGCCCACGAAACAGAGAUGGAACCCCUCCACUCCAAGCCUAAAAUGGAUGCCACCACUCCUAUAACAGGAGUACCUGCAUUCGAUCCAUCAAAUCCAGCAGCAGCAGGAACCAUGCCAACAUUCAAUCCAAUUCCCACAGCCAAUCCUUACACAGCACCAGGAAUGGGGACACCAAUGUUAUCAACAGGUCAGAGCUGGUGCAUUGCGAGCCAGACAGCUUCACAGACAGCACUGCAAGUGGCUCUGGAUUAUGCAUGUGGUUAUGGCGGAGCGGAUUGUUCAGAGAUUCAGCCUGGCGCAAAUUGCUAUAACCCAGAUACAGUUAGAGACCAUGCAUCCUAUGCCUUCAACAGCUACUACCAGAAGAACCCUAUACAAACAAGUUGCGACUUUGGGGGAACUGCUAUAAUUACAAAUGUGAAUCCGAGUACUUCAACCUGUCAAUAUCCUUCAUCAAGCAUGAGUUCAUCAGCCCUCAACACAACCAUCCCAACAGGAUCAUCAAUUUAUGGAUCAGUUCCUCCUGAUUCCACAAGCAGAGAGCAGAAUUUAAGAACCAUACCUCUUCUCCUCACCUUGGCGUGCUUCAUAAUAUCAAUGGCUGGUUAAUGAAUGUAAAUGAGUGCAAUAAAACAACCAAAGCCAUCAAUACUCAUUGUUUACUGAUGCAACUAUUAGUACUUGUCAUGACAUAGGUCAACGGUAGAUUAAAGGAGAUGCAUGCCAUCCUUAAUGCAUACCAGAGGAUGUUCAAGCUCUAUCACCAAGGCACAUAUACUGUAAGCUAGAAGUUAGAAGAUUAAACUCUUUUUGUUUCUUUUUUUUUUGUGGACACUGUCCUCUAAUUUAAUGUACUAAUAAAUCCAGUUUAAUCUCCAUUUUUCUAUGGGGCAAUGGGAAUGAGGGAUUCUGUUGAUAUGUCAAUAAAAAUAUACAAGCAAAUACACACAAAAUCAUAUCUAGACUUCGUUUAGAAUUAUAGAGCAUUAUCUGCCAUAAAGAGUGAGGUGAAUCGUGGUAUGAUGUAAUAUCAAUAAUGCACAAACUUGCUUAGCAACAUCAAUGUGGUUGUUGAGGCAGCCAUACAGCCUGAAAAGCAUAGCAGGGAAAUGGAAAGUAGAAAACUUGACCAGGUUAAUCAUAUGUAUUCAAAAAACAGCAAACAGUUAUGCCAGUU